GCGAGCAUCUGUCACAGAGAAGACCCAGGCAGAAGACAGGGCUUUGGUGUCAGAGCCAGGGGGAGAACACUAAGCAAUACAGCUUCAACAACUCUUCUUGGAUCGGGGUAUAUCACACUUCAACUGAAUUCUGUUGUGAAAACCACUGCCAUGACACUAAACAAAAUAGAGAAGCUGGGGGGUCUGCGGCAACAUCGGGCAAGUCUUCCAAUUUCUGUAGACUCACACCGGCGUGGCAGUAUGCCCCUGCCUUACAAACACCAACUCAGACGUGCACAAGCUGUUGAUGAGCUUGACUGGCCAAGUGUCCAUUCAGGGUCAUCUGACUCUGUAAGGUCCUCAGACAGUAAUCCAGAACCCGGAGCCUACAAAGUCAUGUUGGUUGGUGACACUGGAGUAGGAAAGACAACUCUUGCUGGGAUAUUUGGAGGCCUAAAAGAUACUUUCCCGCAUGAAUCUGAACAUCCAGAGGAUACAUAUGAAAUAGAUCUGAUGGUAGAUGGAGAAAAGACAACAUUAAUUGUAUAUGAUAUCUGGGAGCAGUCAGGUCCUAACACUUGGAUGCAAGACAGCUGUCUACAAAUGGGGGAUGCCUUCCUUCUAAUCUAUUCAGUGACAGACAGAAGUAGCUUUCAACAUCUACCUGGUCUUCUUUUGAAACUGCGCACUGCUCGUCCACACCGCCACAUUCCAGUGAUUCUUGUUGGCAAUAAGGGAGAUCUAGCUCGCUCCAGAGAGGUCAGCAUGGAAGAGGGACGUUCACUGGCAGGAAUGCUAAGCUGUAAGUACACAGAGACAUCUGCUGCCCUUCACCAUAAUACACAGGAGUUGCUUGAGGGGGUUGUCAGACAGAUUCGCCUACGAAAAGAUGAGGGACAACACAAUCCCCAGCCAGCCACCCUCCUACCACCAGGUCGCAGAGAGAGUCUGACCAAAAGAGCAAGGCGACUUUUGCAGGGGAUUAUGGGAAAAACAUAAAGGUUUCUUCAAGCAGAGAUCAAAAUCAUGCCAUGACCUUUCUGUCCUGUGA